AUGCCACCGACGAAACGACCUUUGGCGCAAGCCGACACGAACGUGAUUCUGCCACCGAAGAAGAAACAUAAGGAGAAGCAUGUUACACUUAGUGAUCACGCAUCGAAAAGUAAGGGAGAGUUGGUGGAGAUGUUGAAGGAGAGAUCCAUGCCGAGUAACAGGACGAAGAACGUCUUAAUCCAGAGGCUGAGAGAUAAUGAUGGACAUGUCGCGCCCAUGGAUUCAGGAAAGGCAGAGCGCAGGAAGUCUGCGAGGAUAGAUGCUGCAGAGCAAAGUGCGAAGAUAACGGAAAGGCGCGAGGAAGGCUUGAAAGAUCUAUGGACUGUCAAGAAUAAGGCAUUGACUUCUCCGAGUGCGCCAAUCGCCGAGAAGGCUUCCGCGAAAUCUUCGAGAAACGCGGCCGCAGUUCCCUCACAAAGCUCGCAUGGGCAUCGAAUCAAUUAUAGAACAAAGGAUAAUAGUAAAUUAAGGGCAUUGUUACGCGAUUGGCGAGUGAUGCAGCCGGAGGAGGUGGAGAGUAUGGACAGGAUGGCGAUGAUCGAGAGGCUUGAGAGACAUGAGAUGAGGGGUUACGGAGAUGAUUAUGAGAGUUUAACCUGUGAUCAACUCUCGACACUAUUGAGUGCGCGGAUGCUUCCAUGUAGUGGAGUUACGAAAGCGGCGCGAAUUGAACGAUUGAGAUACGAUGAUGCUUUGGAUCGAGACAAUGGGAAUCUGGAAGAAUACAGUCUGUACACUCAUCUUGUGAUUUGUCAAAAUGAGAUACUGAGAUAUGAACAACUGAUGAAUUGGGUUGAAGGCGAGGAAGGGGAAAAAUUAUACCAAGAUUUGGAAGUGGCGGAUUUGAAAUCCCUAAUGGAUUUGAGGCAACAAGGAAGAAAGAUAAAAGUUGUUUGUGAAGAUUCUGAGUUAAUUGGAUGGUUGGAGGCGGAUGACCAAAAGCUGGCGCGGAAGAAAAAAGUCGAGAUAUCUACGCUUAUGGGAUCCGAAGUUCCUGCGGAGCUGGAACGAUGGGAAAAGAAACUUGCGGAUACGAGAAUGGAUUUAGAGAGUAGGAUAGGCCAUUCACUCCCAGCGGAGGUACCAAUACAUGAAUCGUCAAAAUACGAUGUUCCUGUUGUUACGAAGAAAACUGGGGACCGAGGAGCCUUGGAUUAUGAUCCUAAAAAGACGAAUUGGGGCCUAUUCAGAUAUGGAACAAAGGAUGCGAUGAUCAAAUGGCUUGAGACUGGGAUCCUUGAGUAUGAAGAUAUGCACCUUGAGUCGCUUAGAGAACAGUGCUGGAAGCGCUUAGUGCCGCAAUACAGUAAUGAUGAUAAGGCAGCUUUGAUAGAAAGACUCAAACUUUUGGAUAAACAUAUCAAGGAUAGCGAGGAGAGCUCCGCAAGGGAGACAAGCGAAACUACCGAAGCCGAAAAUAUUGAGGAAGGCAGUGUUGAGCAGGCUGACGAGAUUGUUCCGGUUGCAGAGCCAUCAACAAUUGGCACCGUGUCUAGUGACUCGCCAUAUGCUAAGAAAGACAAUAGCAUGCUUCGAGUUUUGCUACGAGAUCGACACCUUCAAAUCUCGGGUACACGGGAAGAAAUGAUUAAUCGCUUAGAAACUUCUCCAUACAACUACGAAUCCUACACUUCUGAAGAACUUUCCCUCAUACUCAAAGAUCGCCACCUAACUAACGCGAGUCACGGAAGCAAAGAAAGCAAAAUCGAGCGACUCAAGAACAGCGACGAGGCUUUCUAUGAUUCCGCCAACCUCGAAGACACGCAAUUGUAUGUGCAAUUGAACCUUGGGGAGAGAUUUAUCAAAGAUAAGGAACAAGCUUUAAAGGCUUUAUCUGAUCCAAACAUAUCAUAUGAGAAAUUAGACUCCAGCGCUCUCCGUGAGCUUGCAUCUGCUUUGGGUUUAUCUCCGCACAGUGGAGAGAAGACGGUGAUUAAAAAACUCCACGCGAAUGAUCAGAAAUCAACAUUGGAAGGUAAAGAUAACACCGCUAUGCGUGAUGCUAUCGAUGAAUUGACCGCAUCUCUCAAAACCCGCAAAGAGGAAUAUAACAAAGCGAAAGAAGAGCUAGAGAAAAGCAUAGGACAUCCUGUUCUAGAUAUCGCAAUUGUGAUGGGACGAUAUAAUGCUAUAAUGAGACGCGACCAUGAAAUAGUCAACAGUUAUCAGCCAAUACAUAAACCAGGGCCAAUCUGCGACUAUGAUUGGAAAGACUCUCACUGGGCUGGAAAGACCGAGAGGGAACUGAGAGACAUGUGCCUGAGACAGGGCAUGGAGGGUUGGGGCACUAAGGCUACUUGCAUCAAAUGGCUCGAGACGGGGUCGGUAGAGUAUGAGGAUUUAUCGGCAACGAGUCUCGAGAUAAUGUGCAGAAAACGUGGGAUCAAAUUCAAGUCAGGCACAAAAAGACUGGAUUUAGCGAUGAAACUUGGGGAGACUGCCGAGAAAGAGGCUGCGUAUCGAGAAUCGGAGAUUAUGGCACUGAAGAAAAUGUGUAAGGAACGCGGCAUGAAGACCACGAGUGGUGAGACAAAACAGGACUUGACAACAAAGCUUAGAGUAGCUGACGAGAAUACCGGGCGGGGAUAG